ACCAAAAUGGCAGCCUCCUGACGACGAUGGCUCAGGAAACACCCAAUAAUUACAAACGCGUUACUGAGGACUAUUUUUCUCGUUUGCACUCCGCAUGGGUAAUGGAAGAAAGUGGUGAUAAGACAAUGGGUGAGGUGUCAUCCAAUGUCACUGUCCAUCGAUGUCCAGUUUUUGGAAGACUUCAUUUUGUUAGAGAUCAAAGGGGUAUAGCAUGCCUGAGCUUUAUUGUUCUCUACUGGAUAUAUGGGGUCUGGAGUAUGAGCUUCUUAAUUAUUUACCCAAGGUACCAACAAGGACUCCUUAAUGUUGUUGCCAUAGCUUUAUAUGCCUUUUGCAGUGUUAUGACUAUAUGCAGCUUGUUCAAAGCAGCCACCACCAACCCAGGGAGGGUACCAUUAGUUGAGCAGCCUCCAGUGACUGAUGCAGAUCAGUGGACAUUUUGCCAGAAGUGCAAACAGCAGCGGCCCACCAGAGCGCACCACUGUAGACGAUGUCAGCAGUGUGUCAUGAAAAUGGACCAUCACUGUCCUUGGAUCAACAAUUGUGUUGGUGAAGCCAACCAUUUCCAUUUCAUGCAGCUGUGUACCUAUGCCUUUCUAAUGAGUCUUAUUGCCUUUGUGAUGUGUAUGGUGCACUGGUACUUGUGGCCUAAAUGCCCUGCGACAAUAUGUGAUAAGUCUGUUUAUUACAUGCGGCAUCAGCAGGCCUUACUCUACUUUUCUACUUUCUUAUCCUUUCUGAUGGCCUUUAGCAUGCUGUUAAUGGUGUCAGGACAACAUUUUAAUCUUAUUAUGGACAGAACAACUUUGGACAACCUCAGGGAUCCAUUUGGUAAAGAUCAGAGUAGACCGCUGACUUUGAAAUUCCGUACUUGUCAUGACGCUUACACAGAUCUCUGUGGACCUGGACACAAAAUAUUUUGGGCAUUUCCCUGCAGGAGGAGAAAAGUUCUAACAUCUUACCAUUACUAUGGCAAUCCAGUUUGAGACAAUGCAUGUGCAAAGGCAAUUGUAAAAUUUAUCCUGAUACAUGGAUCUUUGAUAUUAUUGGUUUUGAUUGGAGAAUUACUGGACAUUUGCAGUUGGGGAAAUACUGCAAAAAA